AUGCGCCGGAACGACGACGGAGGAGGCGCGUCAUCGUCGUCGUCUCGUUCAGUCCCCGCCGUGCCGUCUGCCUGUCUAGCAUGUCGCACAAAACACCUCAAGUGUGAUGGUCGCCGGCCUUGCUCCCGCUGCACCACCUCCGGCUCCGACUGCGUAUACAUCGCAUCUCGCCGUGGCUACAAGGGCCCGUCCCGCAAGAAGCUGCCCAACAGGAGCCUCACGCUGAGGCCGGCCCGCCCAGCUACUUCUACUUAUACCACCUACGGCCCGCCUGCGGUCAGCAUUAAUUCUCACGCCCCCGUCUCCGUACCCUCGUCUGGCAGCCUUCUGCCUUCUGCCUUCAAUACCACCCCCGUCUUCCCGGAUUUCGGUCUUGACUAUUCCAUUUACUCUGAGACGUCGGCCCCCAGCAGCCACUAUAAUCUCGCCUUUGAUCAUACCUACGCCUUUUCCGUCGAUGCCUUGAACUAUGCCGUCGCCCUUCCCACCCAAAACCCUACCUAUAGGGAUCGAUACAUUGAAUCCUUCUAUUACAACUUCCAUGCCGCCCAUCCCUUUGUCCUGCCCAAGGAUUACCUCCUCCCCCUAGCCCCUGGCCAACCCACCAUCGAGCCACUGGUGGCUGUUAUGCGCUGGAUUGGCGCCAUCUUCGUCGACACGCCUUCGACAUGUGCCAGGCUUCUCGACUAUGCCUACCGGCUUGUCUACAAGCCCGACAUGCCCAAGGAUGGCUUCAUAGUCCAAUGCUUGCUGCUUCUGAUUCUUGGACUUGACGGCCAUCGCCAACGAGACAAGGUCCACGCCCUGUUGGUUGAUAUUCGAGCUGUCUCGCUUCACAUUGGCCUCAAUAAACGAUGGUUUGCCGAGUUCAACGGUCAAGGCAUGCCUGUGCUUGAAGAGAGCUGGCGGAGGACCUGGUGGGACCUUUACAUCGUUGAUGCCAUGAUUGCAGGAGUUCAUCGGUCUACCAAGUUUUCGUUGUAUGAAGUUGAAUCCGAUGUGGCCCUGCCGUGCGAGGAGCACGAGUUUCUCUCAGGCUAUAUCCCCCAGCCACUCCACUUGGAAGACAUGGACAACAUCACCUUCUUGGACGACAGCGCCGGAUUCUCAUCCUUUGCCUACCGCAUCCAAUGCGCCUGCUACCUCGGCAAGUUCAUCCAAACACCCACCGUCUUCGGCCCCAAGGACAAGAACCUCGCCAAGUUCGACGUGCUCCUGGCCAACUGGCGCAUGCACCUCCCGACGUCCAAGAGCAACAUGCUCUACAAGGACGGCAAGUUCGACGAGAUGAUGUUCCAGGCCUUCAUGAUGGCCCACGCCAUCUCCAUCCUGCUGCACCAGCCGCACUCGCAGCUCGACCCCUCGCUCACGAGCUACAUCGACGCGUGCGCGCCCACCACGCCGGCCGUGUCGAGCGACGCCUUCAACGCGCACACCAAGCACACGAUCCGGUCGGCCAACGAGCUGAGCAAGCUGAUCGGGCACCGCGUGUCGCUGCUCACCCACACGCACUUCUUCGCCUACAUGGUGACGCUCGCCGCGACGAUCCACCUGAGCGAGUGGACGCUCUCGUUUGUGCCGCACAAUGACGACAACCUCCGGCAGCGCAUCCGCCUCAGCAUCGGCGUGCUGAGCGAGUACGCGCAGGUCUGGCCGGCGGCCGCGCACUUGGGGAUGCAGGUGAAGCGCAUUGCGCAGGAUAUCUAUCAGGUGAAAAAGCAGCGGCUGCUGCCGAUGCAUGGGCUUGGGACGCAGGGAGAUGGGUUGAGUAAUGUGCCUGUUGUCAGCGAGGCUCAGGAGAUUGUCUGGGAUCCUGCACUUGCCGGCCAUAGUGGCUAG